AUGGCAACAAUCAGCUUUGAUAUCAACGAUGCGCUCAAGCAUUACAUGUCCGACCCUACCACAAUACCCACGCCAGAGGCCGACAGCGCCUUAUUUGACUGCGAAAAUGACCCCGAGUCGCUCACAAACCCUGUCAUCAACCCGGUGCUAAAUCCGAUCGUCGAUGCCGUUGCUCAUGAUCCGGAGGCCAUCCUGCGGGCAUCAAAUAUGGACUCACUGCAGUUCCUCCUCAAAUACACUUCAUUUCUGCCGACACAUGCCUUGAGUAAAAUAUUCGACCUAGUUAUGAGUGGACUGAGUGCCGAAUGCGACUAUAUGUACAACGACAUGGACACACCGGACGAGCAGGAUUCCGUGCCUCAUCACAAGCAACUUCUUGAGAUUUACGGCUUUUUAUUACAAUGGACCAUUGCUGCUGUCGAGACAAAGGCCGCUGAGAAAUCAUCAACGGCUCCGGCCGCGCGCGGUCGCGGCAAGCCCAAGAAAGGAGCAUCCAAGGAGGAUACGUGGGACUCGGCGACACAGCUACAGGCAUCAUUGGAGAUCAUGUGCAAGGUCCUGAAGCAGAAAUUGUCAAAGAUCUUCUUAACAACCAGCGAGAGAGACACAUUUAUUGGGCUCCUUACUAGACCUGUUUACAUGAUUCUAGAGAGCGAGCAGCGCGCCAAGACUACUUCCAUUCGAAUGCACUGCUUCAAGGUAUUGUGCAUGGCUGUCAAGCAUCAUGGCCAUGGAUAUGCCGCUCAAAUCAACGUUAUCCAGAAUUUGACAUACUUCGAGCACUUGUCAGAACCCAUGGCUGAGUUUCUGCACAUUCUGGCUGAGACAUACGACUACCCUCAACUGGCGGAUGAGGUUCUACGCGAGAUUUCCAACAAAGAAUUCAACUCGAAUGAUACUCGGGGUCCCAAGUCAGUUUCUGCCUUCAUUGCUAAGCUGUCCGAGUUGGCCCCUAGGCUCGUGAUUAAGCAAAUGACCAUGUUGGCCAAACAGCUAGACAGCGAGUCUUACACGUUGCGAUGCGCACUGAUCGAGGUGUGCGGGAACAUGAUUGGCUAUCUUAGUAGACAAGACGAACGCAGCGAGAACUACAAGUCGCAGCUCAAUGCCUUUUUCGACGUCUUGGAAGAGCGAUUCUUGGAUAUCAACCCAUAUUGUCGCUGCAGAGCUCUCCAAGUCUACAUCAAGGUUUGUGAACUGGAUCAGAAGUUCCCCAAGAGGCGACAAAAGGCCGCAGAACUCGCAUGCCGCAGUCUCGAAGACAAGAGCAGCAAUGUGCGCAGAAAUGCCAUCAAGCUUCUCGGAGUUCUCAUAAAGACACACCCCUUCACAGUCAUGCACGGUGCCCAGCUCUCUCGCAAGGAGUGGCAGGAACGCCACGACAAGGUGGAGGAAGAGCUAAAUGCACUCAAGCCCCCUCCUGGCAUGCCUGGAUUUGGAGAAGAGAAUGCCAAUACUACUGUCGACAAUGAGCUCUUGGACGAAGCUACUCAGGUUGAUUCGCCUCAGAAGCCCAAGGCAAUGACUGAGGAGGAAAAGGUUGCCGCCAUUAAGAAGGCGCAGGAAGAAGCUGCCACCAGCGAGGCUAUCGAAAAGUUGACUCUCACUCGACGAUAUUACAAUGAAGCCCUUCGUUUCAUUGAUGUUUUGCACGACGCAACCGGCAUCGUGUGUCAACUUCUAGGCGCCAGAAACAAAAGCGAGGUCAUUGAAGCUAUUGACUAUUUUGAGAUUGGCGACGCCUACAAUAUUGAGCAGAAUAAGGUGGGCAUUCGACGUAUGCUCAGGCUUAUCUGGACCAAAGGCAAUAGUGACGAGGGCAAGGGUGUGCAGACUCAUUUGAUUGAGUGCUACCGGAGGCUCUUUUUCGAGGCCCCUGACUCUUUCAGCCCCAAUGAUGCAGCCAAUUAUGUUGCCCGCAACAUGAUCAGCUUGACAUUUGGUGCUACGCCGGCAGAGCUCACAUCGCUGGAGCAACUGCUUUCUACAAUGAUGAAAGGUGGUAUUAUCCCCGAAAUCGUGGUGACCAAGCUGUGGCAGGUCUAUGGUGUGCAGAGACGCGAAAUCUCAAGGACACAACGCCGUGGUGCCAUAAUUGUCCUCGGAAUGUUGGCUACCGCUAGUCCGGAGAUUGUUGUUGAUGAGAUUGAGACCAUGCUUCGUACCGGAUUGGGUGCACACGGACGCGCAGAUUUACAGUUGGCCAAGUACACUUGCAUUGCUCUCAGGAGGAUCAACCCUACGGGGCGCAACGCGAAGGAGUCGACGGCCAAGUUUAAUAGGUUACCCAACGAUCACGCCGUCCUCGGGCGGCUAGCAGCCAUUGCCGAGGUUCAAUCGGAGAGCAAGGAGUGGUACGGUGUUGCAGAGCAGGCCAUCAAUGCCAUAUAUGCCAUCUCCAAGCACCCCGAUGUGCUCUGCUCUGAAAUUAUUCGACGCAAGACAAAGCAUGUUUUUGCACAGUCACGUCCGGGAUCCAGGCCUACUUCAAAAGACGAGACCAAGGGCGUGCCUGACAUCACCAUGAACCAGACAAUGCAUCAAACAGUGCAGGUGGACAAGCCCAAAAGCCGUGAUAACGCUGUCAACCUGUCGCAGCUUUUGUUCAUUGUCGGACACGUCGCCAUCAAGCAGAUUGUGCACCUGGAACUCUGCGAACUCGAUUUCAAGCGUAGGAAGCAGGAGAAGGAGAAGCAGACGCCGGCCAAGACGGACAAGGACAAGGAGGAUGCAGACGAGCUGGAUCUCAUUGGAGGCACCACCGAAGAUGAUUUUACCGAAGCAAUGGCCCACAUCAGAGAGCGAGAGUUGUUGUACGGCCCAGAAUCACUCUUGGCCAUCUUUGGCCCUCUAGUGUCGGAGAUUUGUGCCAACAACACGUCAUAUGCCGACAAGGGUCUUCAGGCGGCAGCAACCUUGUGCCUUGCAAAGCUCAUGUGUGUUUCAUCGGAGUAUUGCGAGACCAACCUACCACUGCUUAUCACCAUCAUGGAACGGUCACCAGAUGCCACAGUCCGUUCCAACGCGGUGAUUGCACUGGGAGACAUGGCAGUGUGCUUUAAUCAUCUCAUUGACGAGAACACAGAUUUCUUGUACAGGCGUCUCGCCGAUAACGACGCGUCCGUCAAGAGGACAUGCCUAAUGACGCUGACAUUCCUCAUCCUGGCAGGUCAAGUCAAGGUAAAGGGCCAGCUUGGUGAAAUGGCCAAGUGUCUCGAGGACGAGGACCGGCGCAUCGCCGACCUAGCGAGAAUGUUCUUCACAGAACUCAGCACCAAGGACAAUGCAGUGUACAACCACUUUGUCGACAUGUUCAGCUUGCUGAGUGCAGGCGGCAGAAUGGAAGAAGAGAGUUUCAAGCGGAUUAUCCGUUUCCUGCUUGGGUUUGUGGAAAAGGACAAGCACGCGAAACAGCUGGCUGAGAAGCUGGCAGCUAGAUUACCUAGAUGCGAAACGGAGAGACAGUGGAACGAUGUGGCCUUUGCGUUGGGACUGUUGCCGCAUAAAAAUGAGGAAAUCACAAAGACUGUGUCUGAGGGGUUUAAGGUUGUUCAGGCCGCUGCUUGA